AGCAAACACCUACCUCUUCAUGGUGCAAGCUCAAGGCAUAAUGCUACGAGACAACGUUCGAACAAUUGGGCACAUGCUAAGACAAUAUACCAAUAAAAAUGGUACACUAAAUGGAACAGACUACCCAGAUGGUACCAAUUCCACCGAUUUCACCGCACAGUCCACAAUGUAUUUGCCUGAAAACUUUACAUUCUCUCCAAACCUUCCGUGUCCGGAAAAGUUGCCGUUUAUGCGUGGGCCCACAGAUAUUAACAUGAGUGAGAUCUCGUUAGAAGAAGUUCAUCAGAUGUUUGCUGAUAUGGGUAUUGGACCCGGAGGGCAUUGGAAGCCCACAGACUGCACUCCCCGGUGGAAGGUAGCAAUCCUGAUUCCAUUCCGAAAUCGCCAUGAACACCUGCCUAUUUUCUUCCGCCACCUGAUACCCAUGCUGCAGAGACAGCGCUUAGAGUUUUCCUUCUAUGUCAUUGAACAGGCUGGCACUCAGACAUUCAAUCGAGCAAUGCUGUUUAAUGUUGGGUUUAAAGAAGCUAUGAAGGAUCGAAAAUGGGAUUGUGUCGUUUUCCAUGAUGUAGAUCACAUUCCUGAAAACGAUAGAAAUUAUUAUGGUUGUGGAGAAAUGCCUCGUCAUUUUGCAACAAAACUUGACAAGUACAUGUACAUUCUGCCAUACAACGAGUUCUUUGGAGGAGUAAGUGGUUUAACAGUGGAGCAGUUUAGAAAGAUCAAUGGAUUUCCCAAUGCAUUCUGGGGAUGGGGAGGUGAAGACGAUGAUUUGUGGAACAGGGUACAUUAUGCCGGCUUCAAUGUGUCAAGACCAGAUGGAGACCUUGGGAAGUACAAGUCUAUACCCCACCAUCAUAGAGGAGAGGUCCAGUUCCUAGGACGAUACAAGUUGCUACGAUACUCUAAAGAACGUCAAUAUCUUGAUGGAUUAAAUAAUUUAAUAUAUGCCCCAAAUAUAAUUAUAGACAAGUUGUUUAAAAACAUCACUGUAAACCUUGUGCCAGAGCUGGCUCCGGUGAAAGACUACUAA